CAUCGGUUUGUCAGCGCGCGCGUGAGUUUUGGUUUAAUAUUGUUUAUAAUAGAAAAGUGAACAUGACAAUGGCUCUUUUUAACGUGCGGCAAUUCUUCGGUACACUUUAUCAGCGUUACAUGUUCUCGUUACCGGCGAUACACUUUUCUCGUACUCAAAAAAUUUUUAUCAUUUGCUUUGCUAGUGGUUCAAUAUUACUGGGAGGAUUGGCACAAUUUUUGAAAAGACGACGAAGACAUCCUCUACCACCUUCCAGGAGACCCUUCAAAGAUUACAAAACGAGAUUAGCAAGUGCUAAGAACUCCAAUUUUGAUGUACUGUCACAAGCAUCUUGGGCAAGAAGAAGCGAAGCCAGUACUAGAAGUCAUAUCAGUGAUCGUGCAUCGCUCAUCUCUUCUGUGCCAGGAGGAGGUCCAGAUGACGAUGUAAGACUUACUCCACAACAAUAUGGCGUCCUUGGACUCGAGGCGUUGGAAAAGGCGCUUUACUGCUGGGAAGACGCGCUCACUGCGUUUAGCUCGACCCUAAGCAACGAUACCCUAGCUCUACCGUCGAAAGCUGAUGCGGCAUUCACGCACGACGUACAGGAAUUACUCGACAUGGGUUAUCAGAUUCAGAGUCACGCGGAACUGCUCUUCCUCGAUCAGCACUCAGUUUUAUUUCGCAAUGAAAGCGAGGAGAGUCUCAAUAAAACUUCGAACAUCGGGACGCGGAUGUCUGGCAUCAGAGAAAAAGCUGAUGCCGCAUCAUCGCCCGAAUCGUUUGAAUCUGCACGCGAUGGGGUUGCAGAUUUGCGGGAAUUCGAAGAAUUUUCAGAACUCUUUCCACAUUUUGAGAAACAAAAGCUGUAUCAUGCUGCUCUUAAACAAUAUGAGGACAAAGGUAUUCCUUGCAGGAGAUUGCAUACGGAACUUGUAAAGUGCGGCUCAGAUGUAGAAUAUGUAGCAAAAGUAUACUGUUUACGUCAGGCCUAUACAAAAUUAUUUAAUUUACCCGCGGCGGCGGCAUUUAUAGCGGAUAUAGGUCGCCAAGUUAUUAGCGAUUUAAUUAUAUAUGCAGAUAGGGAUCCUAAGGACUAUCUACUGCAUUAUGAGCGUAUGUUGGAAUUCUUGCAAGACGCGCGUAAUCAUAAUAUUAUGGAGGAAGAAUUGAUCGGGCGAGGUGUCAAAUGCAUGAACUUCUAUGAUGUUCUCAUCGAUUUUAUACUCUUAGACGCAUUCGAGGAUGUGGAGAAACCAUUACCACCCAUCAAAGCUAUAGUUCAAAAUAGAUGGGUGUCUGCUAGUUUUAGAGAAACUGCGAUAGGAACAGCAGUGUGGUCCGCCCUCGCAGGUAAAAGAAGAAUGUUGAAAUAUGAUCGAGGCUUCUUGGCGCAUUUUUAUGCGAUCUCUGAGCAUGUUAUACCAGUUCUCGCUUGGGGAUUCUUAGGCUCUGAAGGCAGCCUACGUUCCACUUGUCAUUACUUUAGGGAUCAAGUUAUCGAGUUUCUUAUAGAUAUAUUUAAUUUUUUCAAGGUACGUUAUACCACCGUUGACGAUCUUGCCGCGGAUAUACUUAGGGAAAUGAAAUUAAGGGUAGACAAUAUAAAUCAAAGGUUGUCUUUAGAAGGUUGCUAGUUAUAAAAUGUAUGUACAAUCGUUAGCGUAAUAUAUUAAAUUGAAUUAUAAUUGAUAUAUUGCAAAUUAUUUUGCUUGUAUAUGCAUUAAAAAUGAUAGUAAUGAAAAGGUUUACCUAUAUGUAGAAGAGAAGAUGUUACAAGCAUCAUGUCAACAGCAUCAGCUAAAUUAAACCCACAAUCUGAUAAGGUGAUGCAAUAUAUUACUGCAUUUUAAUUUCCAUUGCCGCACCCGUCAGUAAUUAUACAAAGAGUAUCACUGUAAUUAUCACUGUAAACAGUCUAUUUGAAAUUAUUUUAUAAAGUAAUGUGCACAAAAACAUUGGGCACUCUUGUAUUCGUCAUUAAUUUCAGUAAAAAUUUCACAUGUAUAUAUAAAAUUUCAUUAAGUAGUAAAUAAUUUUAUCAAUCUUGAAUAAAAAUCAGUAGUCUCCGAUAUUCAUUGUUAAACAAAUAAAGAGAAUAGCAA